AUGUCGAACGCAAGACGAAACUUAGAAAAGGUGUUUGAGAAUGGUAAGAGGAAAGGAAAACCUCAAGAAGGCCAAUCAAGCAACAGUUUCAACAAGAAGUUGAAUACUGGUCACAUGGAGGAGAAUCGUAAUCAAAGACAAGUUCCUCGGUGCAACAAGUGUAACAAGCAAGGCCAUUGGGCAAGGGACUGUCGUAAAGGCACCGACCAAUGUUAUCGAUGUGGUAAACAAGGUCAUAUAGUGAAAGAUUGUCCUGUUCAAGAACAACGAGGCCACAAUUUGAACAACCAUGGCUCCACAAGAAAUCAAGGGAAUGGACAAAAUUCCACUUAUAGCGGCAAUGCGAACAACAAUCGUAAUCCUCCGAGAGGACCUCCACAAGCUGGGAGAGUUUUCAUGAUGCAAAGAGAAGAAGCUGAAGCUGAUGAUACCGUCAUCACUGAACUUUGA